UGAUGCACUCAAAGCGAGCGAGCCUUCUCACUCCUUUGCUCUGCUGUUUUCCUUCUGCCCCGUUCAGUCGGAUGGGCUUCGAUCGGCAUUGAAACUUUUUUUUUCAAGAGCCAAGAUCCUGUCCUGCUGGCUAUUGUUUUUGGGAGCAGCAUCAAAGAGGAGGGGGCGGGGAGUGUUUUUUUUUAAGAGAGGCUGUGAGGAUGAGGAGAGGGGAUGGUGUGAUUCUGUAAAGAGACAGAGAGGAAGAGGGAGACGCUCCAGAAGCAUCACUGCUCCCCCCCCACCACCACCACCUCUUCCAGACUCCUCUUCUGUCUGGCCGACGCUCUCCCCGUUUACACACUCCUUCAGGGGGAGACUGGAGACUUGUGGGGCGAGCAGGAAACAUGUCACAGACCAGGAGGAACACGUACACACGGACCACCAGCAGCGGCAGCAGCAGGAUGAGCUCAGACGGGGGCGGGCGGCCCGUCAAAGUGGGCUCCCUGGUGGAGGUGAUCGGAAAAGGGCAGCGCGGCACGGUGGCUUACAUCGGCAACACGCUGUUUGCCUCUGGAAAAUGGGUGGGAGUCAUCCUGGACGAGGCCAAGGGCAAGAACGACGGCACGGUGCAGGGCAAACGCUACUUCACCUGCGAGGAGAAUCGCGGGAUAUUUGUGAGACAGUCCCAGAUCCAGCUGGUCGAUGAUGGCGCAGACACAACGUCACCGGAGACACCUGAGCCCGGCACCGGCAAGGUUCCAAAACGAGAGAUCCUGGAGACGUCCAAGUCUGCUAAACUGCGAGGACUGAAGCCUAAAAAGGUGUUGCAUGUUUCUCUAAAACCAACUCCUGCACCCCGGAAGACCACGGCCAGAAGGCCCAAGCAGCCCAGUCGGACUGCGGGCACGGCCGGAAAGGGCGCCGCGUCGGGCUCGGCCUCGGCCUCUGCCGGGGAGAUGAGCAGCAGUGAGCCCAGCACGCCGGCACAGACUCCUCUGGCGGCUCCCGUCAUCCCCACCCUCCACUCGCCAGGAAACCUUCCAGCUCCUGGCCCCAGCAAGGACGACGUCACUGUGGAGACACAGGAGGAGGAGGCGCUGCGUGGUCAGCUGAAGGACCUGGAGGAGAAGCUGGAGACGCUGAAGAUGAAGCGGACGGAGGACAAGGCCAAGCUGAAGGAGCUGGAGAAACAUAAGAUCCAGCUGGAGCAGCUGCAGGAGUGGAAGAGCAAGAUGCAGGAGCAGCAGGCCGAGCUGCAGAAACAACUCAAAGAGGCCAAGAGGGAGGCAAAAGAAGCGCAGGAGGCCAAGGAGCGCUACAUGGAGGAGAUGUCGGACACGGCGGACGCCAUCGAGAUGGCCACGCUGGAUAAGGAGAUGGCCGAGGAGAGGGCGGAGUCUCUGCAGCUGGAGGUCGACUCGCACAAGGAGAAAGUGGACGAGCUCACCAUGGACCUGGAGAUCCUGAAGCACGAGAUCGAGGAGAAAGGAUCGGACGGCGCGGCGUCCAGUUAUCACGUCAAACAGCUGGAGGAGCAGAACGGCCGACUGAAGGAGGCGCUGGUCAGGAUGCGUGACCUGUCGUCGUCAGAGAAGCAGGAACACUUGAAGCUGCAGAAACAGAUGGAGAAGAAGAACGUGGAGCUGGACGCUCUGAGGAGCCAGAAGGAGAAACUGCAGGAGGAGAUGUCGGCGGCCGAGAAGACGAUCGACGAGCUGAAAGAACAGGUGGAUGCGGCUUUGGGGGCGGAGGAGAUGGUGGAGACUCUGACGGAGAGGAAUCUGGACCUGGAGGAGAAAGUCCGGGAGCUGAGAGAGACGGUCACCGACCUGGAAGCGAUCAACGAGAUGAACGACGAGCUGCAGGAGAACGCCAGAGAGACGGAGCUGGAGCUGAGGGAGAUGUUGGACCUGGGCGGGGCUAAAGUCCGAGAGUCAGAGAAACGUGUGGAAGCCGCUCAGGAGACGGUGGCCGAUUACCAGCAGACCAUCCAGAAGUACCGCGAGCUCACAGCUCACCUGCAGGAGGUGAACAGAGAGCUGACCAGCCAGCAGGAGGCGUCGGCGGAGCUGCAGCAGCAGCCGGUCGCAGAGAUGUUUGAUUUCAAGAUUAAGUUUGCAGAGACGAAGGCGUACGCCAAGGCGAUCGAGAUGGAGCUGAGGAAGAUGGAGGUCGGUCAGGCCAACAGACACGUCUCUCUUCUGACCGCCUUCAUGCCCGAGUCGUUCCUCCGUCACGGCGGCGACCACGACUGCAUCCUGGUGCUGCUGCUCAUCCCCAGACUCAUCUGCAAGGCGGAGCUGAUCAGCAAACAGGCUCAGGAGAAGUUCGACCUGAACGAGAGCUGUGUGGAGCGAGCCGGGAUGAAGGGAGCGGCCGGCGAGCAGCUGAGCUUUGCAGGCGGUUUGGUUUACUCGCUCUGUCUGCUGCAGGCCACGCUGCAUAAAUACGAACAAGCUCUGACUCAGUGCAGUGUGGACGUCUACAAGAAGAUCGGCACUCUCUACCCGGAGAUGAGCGUCCACGAGCGAUCUCUGGACUUCCUCAUCGACCUGCUGCACAAAGACCAGCUGGACGAGACGGUCAACGUGGAGCCGCUCACCAAGGCCAUCAAAUACUAUCAGCACCUGUACAGCAUCCACCUGGCAGAUCAGACUGAGGACUGCACCAUGCAGCUGGCCGAUCACAUCCGAUUUACCCAGAGUGCCUUGGACUGCAUGGCGGUGGAGGUGGGUCGUCUGCGGGCGUUCCUGCACACCGGUCAGGAGAAGGCGGACCUCGCCGUGCUGCUGAAGGACCUGGAGACGUCCUGCAGCGACAUCCGACAGUUCUGCAAGAAGAUCCGACGCAGGAUGCCGGGAACGGACGCGCCGGGGAUCCCUGCUGCGCUCAACUUCGGACUGCAGGUGUCAGACACGCUCUCAGACUGCAGGAAACACCUGACCUGGGUGGUGGCCGUGCUGCAGGAGGUGGCAGCAGCCGGAGCUCAGAUGAUGUCGCCGCUCGGCGAGCAGGAGGGGCUGGCGGCCGUCAAGCUGGAGGAUGUGGCGUUCAAGGCCGGAGAGCAGAUUUACGGAUCGCAGGGAGCCAACCCGUACGAGUAUCUGCGUCAGUCCUGUGGCAUGGUCAUAGCAACCAUGAACAAGAUGGCCACCGCCAUGCAGGAGGGAGAAUAUGACUCUGAGAAGCCUCAAAGCAAGAAUCCUCCUCCUGUGGACGUGCGGUCUGCGGCCCUCCGGGCUGAGAUCACUGACGCGGAGGGUCUCGGUUUGAAGCUGGAGGACAGAGAGACGGUCAUCAAAGAGCUGAAGAAGUCUCUGAAGAUCAAAGGGGAGGAGCUUAGCGAGGCCAACGUCCGUCUCAGCCUGCUGGAGAAGAAGCUGGACAGUUCGUCCAAAGACGCAGACGAGCGCGUUGAAAAGAUUCAGACCCGACUGGACGAGGCGCAGACGCUGCUGAAGAAGAAAGAGAAGGAGUUCGAGGAGACGAUGGACGCUCUGCAGGCCGACAUCGACCAGCUGGAGGCGGAGAAGGCGGAGCUGAAGCAGAGGAUCAACAGCUCCUCCAAGAUGACCGUCGACGGGCUGAGAGGAACCGGCCCGUCGGGAAUCGCCUCCAUCGUCACGGGAAUAUCAGGAGAGGAACAAAAAGCGAACAUGAUCUCCGGCGUCGGUUCCGGCUCGGGCGUCCAGGUGAUAGACUCUCCUCUGCUGACUCAGCAGAUCGAAGCUCAGAGACUCUGCAUCAAACACCUGAAGAACGACAACAACAGACUGAAGGCAGAGAAGAUGCGUGCUCAGCUCGCCGCUCUGCCUCCUCUUCACGUGACCAAACUUCCCUCGAAAGACGGUCGGCCUGAAGUGCUCUCCAGCGCCCUCUACCGCAAAACCGACCAGCUGCUGGAGACUCUGCUGCAGAUGAGCGCCAACGUCAAGGUGGUCGACAUCACGGGGAAAUCUCCAGUGACUCCUGGUGCUCAGCUGCUGGAACAGACGGCAAGAUUACAGUCACUCAGUGACACACUGGGCCGACUGAAGGAUGAAGUAGCGGAGCACGUCGUCAACCAUCAGCCCGGCGCUCGAGUCUCGUCUGAUUUUGCAACUUUUCCUUCGACCACGUUUGUGAAGGCGAAGGAGGAGAAGCAGGGCGACACGGUCCUGGUGGGUCGGGUCAUGCUGCCGUGCGCCCGCGGUCAGGAGCAGGUCCAUCGCCUCGUCCUGUCACAGAAUCAGCUGCAGAGAGUUCACAGUCUGCUGAAGACCUGACGGACACCAGAUCCCUGAACCCUCGUCUUCAUCAUCUUCAUCAUCUUCAUCAUCAUCUUCAUCAUCUUCAUCCUCCUCAGCUUAGCAGUCUGGUUUCCACUCCACAGCCAAACAAGGGAAACCAGGAGGUAUUUAAAAAAACACUACUGUGAUCAUAACCUGCGGGAACGUAUAUUUAAUCGUAUUUAUAAGACAGUCAGGACCGAGUCUGAUCUCAAGAUCACUUUGGAGGUUAAAUAUUUAAACAUGUUAAACAUGAGAACUGCAACAAAAUCCUUAAAGACGAAUUAAUCAAUCAGAAGCUGAUCCACAAAUGUUUAAAAUUAGAAACCGUUUUAUCUGAAGAUGCCCCUCAAAACCUUAGUGACAUCAUAAUAUGCUUUUUGGGCGGCAUGGUGGUUUAGUGGUUAGCUCUGUCACAGUGAGGAGGUUCCUGGUUCAAAUCCCCGUCUGACAGGAGCCUCUCUGUGUGGAGUUUACAUGUUCUCUCCGGCUUCCUCCCACAAUCCAAACACAUGCUCGUUAGGUUAACUGCUGACUCUAAACUGCUCGUAUGUGAGUACAAUUCAUUUCUGAGGAUUUUUAAAAGAACAAACCAGGAAAGCAGCAAAAAAACACUUUUAUGCGUCUCCUCUUCCUGUGAAACCUGAACAACCCAUCGAUGAUCUAAAUCAAAGACAAACAUGUUUUAAACUUUAACCUUCAGAGUGACCUUCAUCAGACUGCUGUUCUCCUGACACGAGCUCCACAAAGCUGUACCGGUAACUUAUAGGUCAGUCGAGGCCGUGAUCCUCGCCGCACGCUGCACUACAUUUGAUUUUGCACAGAGUCGUUAUCGUCGGUGUGGAAGCUGCUCACUGAGGUUUAUAAUCAGCUGCAGGAGGGGGAAUGUUUGCUUUCUAUGUUUCAGUGUUUCACUCUCUGCUCUGAUAUUUAGCAGCACACAGGAGGAGGGUCAUGUUUACGUUUCUAUCAGGUGUCACUGUUUUUAAAAAGCUCACUGUUUAAAGGGAGAGAAGAAGAAGAACUGUGAGGGGUUUAAAUGUAGAUUUGUUCAUUAGGAGCGAGUAGGGGGGCUUCGUACUGUUGGUUUGAUCAAAGAGACUUUUUGCACAUUUUACAAAACGAGAGAAACAACAGAGGAGAAUAAAAGCUGCACGUUCUCUUCACUGCUCCACUGAUCGACUAAUUUAGUAUUUUCACAGUAAGGGAAAAAAACAUAUUAAACAAAUAACAAAAAAGACAAAAUUCAGUGCAGGAAGAGGAAGAAAACUCAAUGAGCUUAUUUGAAGCCUCCACCUAAAUAAUGCUAAAAUAUCACCAAAUUAAAAAAAACAACUAAACAAAACAUAAUUAAGAUGCAGCAAAGAACAGAUAGAACUAACGAUGUAAUCUUUGUAGUGAUGAAGUAACAUGCAGAGAUACUCGACUUUCUGUUCCUGCAGGUCGCUUUUAGAAAAUACACAUUUGAAAAAAAAUAAUAAUUUAGAAGGAGAAUAAGUUUUAAAAUCUUUUAAAGGAGUAAAUUGUGACACUGUUCACUGUCCAGAAUCAAAGGGUUAAUUUAUUUGUUGUUAGUGAAUCUGUGAGUGACGAAGUAAGGACCGUGUGGAGGCAGGAAGCAGAGUAUCUCUGACCUGCAGCAUGCUGACGGUUUAUUUUCCUCUGUUGGUGAAACUGAAACUUUAUCGACUGCACCGAACGAGAACAAAAUGUUUUUAACCUUUUAAAGGAUUUACUGUCAGACAGAUUCAUGUUUAUUUAAAAAGAACAGAAGAAGGGUUUUAUUGGUUUUUAAUUAUUAUUAAGUUAUUCUCACUCUCGGGGUGUGAAUGUCAUGCCAGUUGUUAUUGUGUACUUUUUCAUGCUUGGUAUAAAUGAUUCACCUACGGAGGCCUGCGAGGCUCAGGAAGGAAAGAAACUCAACAGCUGUUUGUAAAUCUGUUCCCAGGGUGUACAAGAGUUAUAAAGUGUGCACACAGGUUUGCAAUCGAUUUCUGUUUAUGAAAACCUGAGCAGCGUUUAUAAAUCCCUGCACGUGUAGGUUAUUGACGGUUCUUACUGGAGCCUGAAACCCUGAGGAGACGAGGUCGAGAUCUCAUCAAUCCACUUUAUGUUUAAUAUAAAUGAAGAGUUAUGGAUGCACUGAUGGUCACUCAAAAAACACCUGGCAUACGGAGUCCAUCAUGGGAAUGUUUGUUUCUCCUGACCUUUAUUUAUAAGGUGGGAAGUGCUAAGAACUAUGGGUACACCUACACACUGCGAGGUGCCCCCUAGUGGUGUGGAGGGGAAUUACCUUACAGUUUCUUACAUGAUUUUGUAAACACUGGGAAUGGAUUUACAAUCAGCUUCUUUUUUUUUUUUUUAAACCUGAGUCUUCUGGCUCUCCGUACACAGCGGUGGCUUUGGUUGAAAAUAAUCCAGAUCCGUUGUGUCUGAACCUCUCGUUCCGCUGAGUCGUGUUCCUGUUUCAGUUUGUGUCCGAGCCUUAAACGGGCAGAGAGCUGCGAGGUGACGAGCGAUCAUCGCCUGCCUUAUUUUGAUUCAUUCAGACCACACUGUGUUUAAAAGCAAAACUCCAUCUUUGCCAAAGAUUCUCUGUUUUUGCCAUGGUCUGAUUAACUGUUUUUUUAUGAUUCAUUAGAGUAUUUAUGUUUGCACAGUACGGUCUUAACUUGAAGUUUUAUUAAACGAUGUAUUUAAUGGGCAUAGUGCAUCUUAAUUCUUAUUUAUUUACUCUGUUAUUUAAGUGUCUGCAGCUUGUCUAACUCGUCUUACCUUUCGUCCUCGUGUGGCUUCCUGCUCUCGCACAAACGUUAACUGAUCAAUAAAGACAUUUAAGCCAG